AGAGAAAGAAUUUGAGUGAGAGUAAUACCUUACCAACGAUAGGUUUAUUCUAAAAAGAGAAGGAGAAAUGCACAAGUUUAUUUUUUUCCAUGAAGAACUCAGGGUGGAGGAAGAAAUCCUCCACCGGAUGUGGCUAGUGGAUCUGGAAUGGCAUAAUCGUCUACCUUGCUUCCAGGAGAAACGCUUGAUGUGGGUGGAGGAUCCCGAAGGGCACAAAAUGUGGGUGGAAGAUCUGAAAGGCCAUAAUCCUUUACCAAAGGUUGUAGAACCUAGUGCUCUGUUGUUGUCACUAGAGGUGAUUCUCUUGAUAUCACUAGUACCACUAUCAUUAUAAAGACCAUCAUAGUGCAUAAAAUGUGCAUGAGUGACCUCUCACUUGCCAUGCCUGCAUUUUGCUUCAUGUGAGUGCUAUUUUCAAUCCUACACUUGGUUUUCUUGAAGCCAUGUCCGUUUUCUGUUUGAAGCCAUGUCCUUUUUUUUGUACCUAAUCUCACAAUUUAUGCAAAAAUAAUUACUGGACAAUUUG